AUGCUGAGAAAUAGACAAGCUUUGCUAGACCAGUUAGAUAAUAUAGCAAUGUUCAGUACGCUGGAAUCUUCAGAAUUAAAACCAGAAGAUACAUUAGCUCUUGAACAGAAGGAGUAUUACGACGAUACAGAUACAGAAAUGUCGGAUGUUUCCCGAUAUACGGAUUCGUUUAAUGAUAAUGGGUCUAUUGGAACGACUGAUACCAAAAAUACGGAUAUAAUUCCCACCCUGUUGCCAACGAUGAAGGAAUUACCGGAAUUACCGAAACAUACGAUCCACAAUCACCAGAACUUUCAGAAACAAAUACAUAUAGGGAUGAUGAACAUUGAGAACUUGGGUAAUGUCCUUGAUUGUGUUGAGGACUUGCUAUUGCAAGAGAACCAAAUGAUUGAAGAGGAAUUAGCCAAUGUGAUCCGUGAAAUAGGGAAUAGCAUACCGAACAACACAUUUAAUGUUUCUCUUGAACACAUGUUAAUGGGAUGUCCAAAAAGGUGA